AUGUUCGGAAUUACUUCGAGGAUGAUGUUAUGUGGAGAGAAAAUACGUGAUUAUGAUAUUAUCGAGAAAACUCUCUCCACGUUUCAUCCUGAAAAUGUAAUCCUGCAGCAACAGUACCGGGUGAAUGGAUAUACCCGUUACUCGGAGUUGAUGCAAGUCCUCCUUGUAGCGGAGCAUAAUAAUCAACUCGUGACUUUAAACCAUCAAACUCGUCCCACUGGAUAUGCUCCAUUCCCUGAAGCGAAUGUUGCAUCAUCCAAUUAUGAUAAUUGGAGAGGACGAGGAAGAAGAUUCCGUCCCUAUGAUGAAAGAAAUAAUAAGAACUUCCAUGAGAAUGAAAGGAAUGAAAAGGACCGGGAUGAUAAAAGGCAAACAGGAAAGGUUUGCUACAGAUGCGGCAUGAAAGGUCAUUGGGUACGUAGUUGUCGUACACCAAAAGAUUUAGCCGAUCUGUAUAGAGAAUCCCAAAAGGGAAAAGAGAAAGGAAGAGGGGAAACAAACUUCAUCUCUGAUGAACCCGGGCCUUCCUUUCAUGGUUUAAACGAUGAUACUCAUCUCGACGUAUCAGACUUUCUGGUUGAGCCAGAGAGUAUCAUGCUCUGUGCUGGUCGGAGUAGCAUGGGAGCAACCGUGUGA